AUGAAUUUUUGUAUGCACGGAUGGCCGGAUGAAUCCAGGCUUAAUGACGUAUUGUUGCCGUACUACCAAGUACGCGGUGAUCUUACUGUAAUUGACGGAUUGUUGCUACGCGAAACCAGAUUAGUAAUUCCAGCAUCGUUGCGACUUGAUAUUUUGGAGAAAAUACAUGAAGGACACAUGGGGAUCGUAAAAUGCCGAAGUCGAGCAAGAUCUUCAGUGUGGUGGCCUUACAUGGACAAGCAAGUGGAAGAAGUUUGUAAGAGCUGUCCUUCUUGUUGUGAAUUUUCACAAACCAAAACUCAACCAUUAAUUCCGAGUGAAUAUCCUGAAUAUUUGUUAGCUGUUGAUUAUUUCUCCAGAUGGACCGAGAUUGCAUUGUUACAGGAUACGACGUCGCUUACAGUAAUCAAUCAUCUUAAGUCAGUUAUCGCAAAGUACGGAAUACCUGAAGUGAUAAUUUCUGACAAUGGACCACAAUACGCUUCGGGAGAAUUUUCCAAAUUUGCAGAAGAAUAUGGAUUUUGUCAUAUAACGACAAGUCCUUGCUAUGCUCAAUGUAACGGAGAGGCGGAGCGUGUAGUCCAAACUAUUAAAAAUCUGCUUAAAAGAACAAAAGAUCCAUACAUGGCAUUGCUGAAUUAUAGAAGUACAGCUUUGAAAAAUGGUUAUUCUCCAAGUGAACUUCUCAUGGGAAGAAAGUUGAGAACGAAGUUACCAGUUUAUUCAAGUAAAUUGAUUCCAAAAUGGCCUAACAUGGAUGAAUUGCAAAAUAAAGAGGUAGGCGAUAAAAUGAAACAAAAGAUGCAUUUUGAUAAAAGGCACAGAGCUCAAAAUAUGGAAAAAUUGCAGAUUGGUGAUCAUGCAUGGAUCAAAGAUGGUCUUCAAAAGAGCAAGGUGUUAUAA